CCCGCGGCGGUGUGAAUCUGUUCAACGGGAAGCCUGUGCCGAUAUGCCGGUCGACGUGGUCACCUCGAUGCCGGCGCGCUAUCUAGCCAGGGCGCCGCCACCGCAGCCGUCGUCGCCAGAUGCGGAACAGCGGCGGUGGAGUGCCGAGAUGAUGAGCGGACCUAUAACAUUAGUUGGGCCUGACAAGCGUCACAGCCAAGCAGUGCAGGUGAAGGUGUACCGCACGUCGCUGGAGCACUUCGCGGUGGUGUUCCCGCAGAAGAAGGUGUGCCGGCCGCUGGGCGUGGUGAACCUGCGGCACGCGACCGUGUCCCGGCCAGAGGGCGCGCCGCUCGCCUUCAGCGUGCGCCACAAGGGCUGCGACGCGGCGGAUGCGAGCCUCACGUUCGUGGCGGCGACGGCGCGGGACCUGGACUCGUGGCUGGAGGCGUUCAGCCCCGCCGCCCCCUCGUCCCCCAGUGCAGCGGCCGCCGCCGCCCCCUGCCCCUUGCCUGCCGUCGCCGAGGACGAGGAGUUGUAGUCCGCCCGAGACGACAUCACCCCACACUACCUGCACUACUCUCGCCCCGGUGCACAUCUGCCUGCAGCCUGCUCGCAACUGGAGAGUCUGCCGAGGUCCUACGUGUCGUCACGUGCGCGGGGAUGCCCCGGAUAACUCUCUAUUGCACGUGAAAGAGUCGUCGUACAACUGUUUUCCCUUUCCUUUAGCCCAUCUGUGUCGCACGAGAAGAGUGGAUCUGUGGCAGAGGGAAGGUAGCUUAUGCGAACUAUAGUCAGCCACUCACUUAUUGCAUUCCUGAGUGUAGGGACCGAGACCCGCAACAGAUACACAGCCCAGAGGAUUUGGCAAAGUGUGUAGCUUGCCACAAUUUUUUCUGCAGUCUUUCUAAAUGGAAUGUGGUGUAUCAGGGACACAAAAAAGAGCACGGAGCUGCGAAUUUGUGCAGGAAUAAUAUAAUAACUGCAGAUUAUAUCAGACUAAGAAGAGUGAGCAGUUAUUUUACAGUGUGAAAUUGAUGUAACAACAAGGCCACAGACAAUAUGCAUGUCAUGAUCGAAAAUUGAAGGAUUAUGCAGGGUGCCCCAAAAAAUCAGACAUACUUUAGGUACAGGAUACUUAAUCCAAAACACUGAGCAUUUGUUCAGUAGAUGAGAUGUGUUUACAAUAGUGAAGAUGAGCAAAUGCUCACAGCUUUUAAGGUAUCCAUUUUAGAACCCAUGUUUAUUAGACAUUUUCUAGUUAAGGAACCUGUCCCUAAUGUUUGUUGACUUUUUUGGUGUACACUGGAUAUGCUCCCAUCAGGCAAUGUCUUAUUGGGUACUAUUAUUGUGUAAAUUUUACCAGUGAGAUGGUAUCUGAUUAACUUUCCAUACUCUCCAUUUGAUGAACCACUUAAUGGCAGAAACACAAAGAACAAGAACUGUUAUCUGAUACUCUAUCAAAAAAGUUUCAGUACAAAAAAUGGUUCAAAUGACUCUGAGCACUAUGGGACUUAACUUCUGAGGACAUCAGUCCCCUAGAACUUAGAACUACUUAAACCUAACUAACCUAAGGACAUCACAAACGUCCAUACCCGAGGCAGGAUUCGAACCUGCGACUGUAUCAGUCUCAGUACAAAAACUGUUAUUUUUAUCUGAUAUUCCCUGUAUGUCUCUAAAUUUCAGUAAACUGUUCCAUUCUCAUUGUACAAGUAAUCAUAGACCUUUAUUACAUGAUCAUAAAGGAACACCAAAACUAAAUUUAAUUGGCCAUUUAACUCAACUCAAGAAAUGGUAAAUACCAAAAAUGUUACUGUGGCACUGGAAAACACAGCAAGGGGAAGAUUCAUGACCUGCACUUCUGUAGUUCUGGUAAGGUAAUUCAUAUAUAUGUGGUCCUAUUGUUCACUCUGUCCCCCACCUCAGGAAUGCUCUGAACUGACCUUUUACGAAGUGCUGCGAUAAAAAAAUCUGAAGGUGGUAUAAGGCAGAGUCUUAUCUCAUUGUUAGUGCAGCAGAGAGGCAGUUACUUCAGAUUUCACAAUAAGACAAAAAUGCUGCAAGUACCUACUGAAGAAGGUUGUAAACUGAUUCAAGUGUUUAUCAAAGAUGUGUGCUUCCAUACUGAACUGCAUUUGAAACACUGUUCAUUUCAUUCAGAUAAGAUUAUGUGGAUGACAUAUCUUAAAAAUGUGUCUAAUGUAUCUUGAAUUCUGUAAAUGGUUCUGAGCAAAUGUUUGUCAUUAACACUCACUAUAGUAUAUUGUAAUAUAAUCUUAUAGCUUCAUCCAAUUUUCGUGAUGUGCAAGUUCCAGAUCUUUGAAUGGUGAACUUGGCAUAUUAGCACUGACAAAGGUCUCCCCCUUUAACUCUUUAGUUGAC